UUUCGUUGCCGCAUACAUUUCAAGCCAAGUUUCAUUAGGCUUCAACAAAAUUAUUGUGCGAUAUAACUGAAUUCGUAUUUUAAUCUCAUAAGAUAAAGAUAGUCAUAAUACCUUUUAAAUAUGGCACGUUGAUUUGUCCUAUACUGUUUUAGUAAAGAGUUUCUGUAUUUAAAUACUUCAAUAAAAACAAUGUAUUUUUCACCAGUUUAGAGAACAUAGUUUUUUUGGCUGCAAGAGUCUUCAGUUUGUUCAAAUAAUUACAAAUAAUUAGCUUACGUACGUUGGAAGCAAUGAAGGCUGUGGGGUUUAGCGCGUUACUGUUUUUAAUUUUAACACACGCUUUUGACUCAAUUGCAUCCAGCGCCGACACUAAGAGAGAAGAAAAGAAAUCAAAAGGAGUGACAACAUUCGUCAGUGCAAAAUGGGAAGCAACUCCAAUAGUUUUGGAAUUAGCAGAAUAUUUAUCUGGAGAGAGUGGCGAUAUAUUCUGGUCAUUUGUGGAUGGCAUCAAUUCAUUGAAAUCUAGUCUGUCUAGUCUUAAUACAGACAAAGAAGUAUAUGAUACAUGCAUUGGUAUAGCAAGUUCAUUAUUAGCCCCAGCCCAGUUACGUAUGGCUAAACUUGCACUUUCUAUGCACUUAAAUUCACCCACUGUACGGAUGUUUGAUGAAAUCGCUACUCAAAAUGGAGCUAAACAAGUAAACUGUGAUGUUUUUGUUUCAAUUGCAUCACAAAAUAUUUGUGAUAAUGAUAUUCUGAGGGAUGUUCUUAAAUCAACAAGCCAGUAUGAUGCAGAUGAACACAGACUUGAAACAUAUCUGUUAGACCAUACUUAUCCAAGUAGCGACAACAAAUCCCUUACUGCUAUUUUGUAUGGAGAGCUGGGCAUGCCUGAAUUUACAGUUAAGCAUAAGAUAUUGACAACAUAUGCUGAUAAAGGGUUAAUCAACUAUGUUGUCAGAUGGAAUGUUAAGCCAAGAGGUAACCCUAAGCUACGUCUAUCGGGAUAUGGAGUUGAGUUACAGUUAAAAAGUACGGAAUAUAAAAGCCAAGAUGAUGCAACUCCAAAAGAGUCUGACACAGAUACUCCGGUGCCAUCUGAGGAAGAAGAUGAAAAUGAUCCCCAAAAUCAAAUAGAUGGUUUCAACUUUGGUCGAUUGAAGAAUCUAUUCCCCGCUCUUAGAACUCCAUUGGAAAGGUUUAGGAGACAUUUAUCAGAAAUGAGUGAAGAGCUAGAACCGUUGAAGGUUUGGCAGAUGCAAGGUCUCAGUAUGCAAGCUGCUGCUGCUGUCAAAGAUGCCCACGAUGCUGGAGGCGAUGAGGCUUUGAGAGUUCUUACCUCCAUCGCUCAGAAUUUUCCUAUGCAGACAAAGUCUUUAAUACACGUGAAUGUACCCCGGUCCCUUCGAGAUGAGGUUCUAUAUAAUCAAGAUAUUUGGGCAUCUUCUCUCGGUCUCCGAGCUGCCGAGCCCUUGCUAUUAGUCUCCGGAGCCCAAUAUGAUGCUGAAGAGGUUGACAUCAUGGCUCUGUUGAACUCGCUGAAAGAAGAUAUUGGACCCAUGAACACUUUACAUGCAAUUGGUCUAUCAAAAAAACUUAUCAACAAGCUCAUGUCGUUGGAGCUUGGCGAAUCAUUUACAUGGGAGGAAUAUGGGCUGGACAUCAGAGAUACAGCGAUCACGUGGUUAAAUGAUCUAGAAACAGAUGAGAGGUAUAGAAGAUGGCCGGCUUCUUUCAUGGAGCUAUUGAGACCAACUUACCCUGGCAUGCUGAGAAAUCUAAGAAGGAAUAUAUAUAAUUAUGUGAUAAUAAUAGAUCCAACAUCACCAGCCUCAUUACCCCCACUGAAAUUGGGUGAGACGUUGCUCAAGCAUUCGACGCCGGUUCGUGUGGGCGUGGUACUGGCCCCAAAUAACACCCCAUUGGGAAUUGCUAUACGCAGCGCUUUUAAUUAUGUAGCACAAGACAGGAAUUCCAAUAAGGAAGCAUUCUUUUUCUUGACUCAGCUUUUAAGCUCAUCAGAAGAGGAAGAGCUUAACUUCGAUCUCCUUAAACGUCUUCUGAAGAAAUUCACAAACUCUGGUGCAAAUGUGGAUGAGAUCAUUUCUGAAGAUUCUGAAUAUAAUUUUGGACAUCAGCUGGCUGAGGAGUUUGUUGGGAAACUUGGUGCUGAUAAAUAUCCCCAGGUCUUAGUAAAUGGUGUACCAUUAUGGGACGAAGGUCCCAUAUCUUUAUCAGCAUCAGUUGACAGUUUGGAGGAGGCGCUAGUGACGUCUCUGUCUCGGCAUACGGGACGAUUGCAAAGGGCGGUAUUUCGAGGUGAUCUGUCAGAUUCGGAUGAUGCCACAGACUAUAUUAUGAAGCAACCGCAUAUUAUGCCCAGACUAAACCGUCGCAUUUUGGCCACGGAUCCAUCUCAAUAUUUAGACUUGUCUGGAGUACCCUCAUCGCCCGAAUUGUUUACUGAAGACAAAAUACACAAGUUGAUGCAUUUGACAGGUAGAGACGCACUAGCUACCGCCCUACCACUACUCAAGUAUUUCGUCAAGUCAGCAAAGAUGGAAAAAAUAACUCAAACCAUUUGGGUCAUUGGUGAUUUGAAUGAUAAAAGGACGCGAGACUUUUUGAAGAAUGCAUUGAACUUUAUGAGAGAAUCUGGUGGAGUCCGAGUUGCCUUCAUACCAAAUGUCGAUGGAGAAUCCAAAGUUGAUCAAUCGUUGAAUAAAGUUGUCAUAGCGGCGUUAACAACACUCGAACCGGCGAAAGCAACAAAAUAUGUUGCCCAGUUGCUUGAUGAUGAAGGAUGCCAUGAGAGACAGGACUGCGAUAUACUGCCCGAGCUAGUGAGCGCGUUAAACAAGCACGCGUGGGUGCUGAAAGCUGCACGUAUACUUUGCGUACGCGGUAUGAAGCUACGUGCGAGUGAACGUGCACUGGUGUACAAUGCGAGGUAUAUUGGACCGUUGGCUGAAAAUGAAACCUUUUCGUCGGACGAUUUUGUGCUAUUGGAGAGAUACAGCAAUCAAGUGUACGGCGAAAAGUUAGCUGAAGUUUUCAAAAAGAAGAGAACGUUAACAAAUAUCGAAGAUGAUGAUGAUGAUGAAACAAUAUCGGAUAUAGAUACGGAAAAAUAUUUCAAAGUUAUAUCGAUAUUGGCGUCGCGUAGUCCACGAACAAGAACACCUUUGCCCACCGGUCUGAAGACUGAACAUUCACUGGUUGAACUUCCACCUUUAUACUCUGAUGAGGCAGCCAUAGAGAUUGUAGCUGUGGCAGAUCCAGCAUCGACCGCAGCUCAAAGAUUGGCCCCAUUGCUCCUUGUCUUGCGACGUGUUAUAAACUGUCGUAUAAAGUUGUUCCUUAAUCCUCAAGAUAAGAACUCUGACAUGCCCCUAAAAAGUUUCUACCGAUACGUUUUGGAAGCGGAACUACAAUUCACACCUUCGGGAUCCCUCACUGGUGGGGCAAUAGCUCGUUUCAACCGCUUGCCCCAUGCCCCAUUAUUGUCUAUGGAGAUGCGGACGCCGCCCAAUUGGCUUGUCGAAUGUGUCAAGUCUGUGUACGACCUUGACAAUAUACGUCUAGCGGAUGUCGAAUCUCUGGUUCACAGCGAAUUUGAACUGGAGUACCUUCUACUAGAAGGCCAUGCGUGGGACACGGCCCUGGGUACACCACCAAGAGGCCUCCAACUUAUCCUCGGAUCCAGAGACAAUCCAGAAAUAAUGGAUACUAUCGUGAUGGCAAAUCUUGGGUACUUCCAACUAAAGGCGAACCCUGGAGCGUGGAUUCUUAGACUUAGACCUGGCCGCUCUGAAGAGAUUUACGAAAUUGUUGGACACGAAAACACGGACACGCCCUUGGGUAGCUCCGAUAUACAGGUGUUGAUGAGUUCGUUGCGCAGUCACGUGAUCAAGCUGCGCGUGAGCAAGAAGCCUGAGAAGCAGCAUCUCGAUCUUCUAGCUGAGAAUGAUGAGAAAAAUACUGGUGGAAUAUGGAAUUCUAUUGCGAGCUCAUUCGUGGGUGGCGAGGAACCGGAAGGCCAAGAUGAAACGAUCAAUGUGUUUUCGGUAGCGUCAGGACAUUUAUAUGAACGGUUUUUGAGGAUUAUGAUGCUGUCCGUACUUAAGAAUACGAAGUCGCCAGUUAAGUUCUGGUUUUUGAAGAACUACCUCAGUCCGUCACUCAAGGACAUUUUACCCUACAUGGCAGAAGAGUACGGUUUCUCGUACGAAUUGGUUCAGUACGUUUGGCCUCGUUGGCUACAAAGGCAAAGAGACAGGCAAAGAACGAUAUGGGGAUACAAAAUACUCUUUUUAGAUGUGCUCUUCCCUCUGCAUGUUAAGAAAAUCAUUUUUGUUGAUGCUGACCAGAUUGUACGCGCUGAUCUCAAAGAGCUAGUCGAUUUAGACUUAGGCGGUGCUCCUUACGGGUACACACCAUUCUGUGACAGUAGACGGGAAAUGGAAGGAUUCAGGUUCUGGAAACAGGGCUACUGGCGUAACCAUCUUCAAGGUAGAAGUUACCACAUCAGUGCCCUAUACGUGGUGGAUCUGAAGCGAUUCAGACGUAUUGCUGCUGGCGACAGACUACGUGGACAGUACCAGGCUUUGAGCCAGGAUCCUAACAGUCUCUCCAAUUUGGAUCAAGACCUGCCGAACAAUAUGAUCCACCAGGUAGCGAUUAAGUCUUUGCCCCAGGAAUGGCUCUGGUGCGAAACGUGGUGUGACAAUAAAUCUAAAACAUAUGCGAAAACGAUUGAUCUUUGCAACAACCCAUUGACGAAGGAGGCUAAAUUAUCCGCCGCGAUGCGUAUCGUACCCGAAUGGAAGGAAUACGACGCUGAAGUGAAGGGCCUGCAGGCGCGGGUACGUCGCGGCCUUUAUCAGAGGAAUGACUCUGAUCAGGAAAUCGAACACAGCGUAGAAGAUACACCCAUUACGGAAAAGAAUUCUGGUGAACACGAACACACAGAAUUAUGAUGAAUCACUGGUAUAUUUGUUAUUUUUUUGGUUAUUUGUGACAAAGGACUGUAUAGUUUUAGUCAAUUUUGUAAGUUUUGCCAUAGAGAUAGAUGUGAAUCAUCAAAGAGAAUAGAAUAUGUCAAGAGUUUCAUGUUAUACAUUUUGACGUAAACAAUUUGGAAAUAUAUUUUGCGUGCUCUUCAACAAUCGUAUAUUUUAAUUAACAUAAACGAACCAGGGACUUCAUUUUAGAAGUAAGGAACUAACUAUUAUUAAAACUCAGUGUUUUUCUCACUUUUGUUAUACCUGAAUUUAUUUUUUUAUGGAAAUCAUACCCGUGACACAAUCUCAAAAUAUGAUAACAAAAUUUAUAGAUUUUGAAGUGAUUUUACCGUCUGGAAGGAAUUUUCAAAUUUAUCAGCGCAUAUGGUCCAUUAAUCGAUGUAGUGAUCAGAUUUCCAAGUUGUAACUAUUUAUAUAAAAACUUUUUUAGCGUUGCUAGAUGUGUUGAAAUAAAUUUAAAAAAUAAACAAGAAAAUUUACAAGUUUAAACAAUUUUCAAAUAUACAAUUUUAAUACUAGAACUAAUUAUGUUAAUUGAAAAGGUAAUUUAUUCUUUUUAAUAUUACAUGUUAACGCUUUCUUAUAGUUGUUUAAUCUUCAGUAGUAAUUUGAGAGCCCAAAUUGUCAAAACAGAUGUCAAUUGAUGACAUUAAAAAUAUGGUUGCGUCAUAUUACUGUCAAAAACAACGAUUCCGUCAUCCAGAUACACCAAAUUCUUUUAGCAAUAGUAGUAGUGAUAUUAAAUAUGGAAGUUGCAAUCCAAACGAAUAACAAUUUCUAUUAAUUAUUCGAUUUAUCAUUCACCUAGAUUUUCAAUUCAGAACUUUAGACUAACAAUAUGGUGCGACAGAACCGACUAUUUGAUGGCGUAUUUAACCGGUUUUCAAAGGUGUACUAUUUACCACCGGUGAUUGUCAUAAAGAUCGAAAUAAGUUGAUAUAUAAUGGGAAUGUUCCGUUACCAUCCGUUACCAGAUUAAAUUCUUGAAUAUAGCUGUAUUAAAUUAAAUGUCUAUGACUAGACUUGAUUAGAGGUUUAAAUAUAGUUUAUGAUUGGCCAUUGUGUCCUAGUGGAAGUAAUUAGUUCUAUAGAAUUUGGGUUUGCUUUCGUAAAGUAAUAACAAAAAUAUUGUUCGUUUGUUUUAUGACGGGUGCGUCUAAUGUUUGACGGUUUUGUUCCUUAAUUAAUGUUUUUUUUUGUUCUUGAUUGUUCCUUAAAUUUACGAUAUAAAAUAAAAUAAAAAUACAGUACCUAUAGUUUUUUAUAAUAACAGAAUUCGAUUCACAUGUGUUUGAAGUAUCGAUUUUAUCAUUUAAUCGAUGUUUGACGGCUCAAAUGAAGCUGAUAAUGACAGCUGUCAAUUGUCAUUUGUCAAAUUGGCUCUACUAACUUUGUGACAGAAAAUUGGUAACCAAUCUUUUCCACAGUCAAUUAAAAUUCUUGUUGUUUUUUUUUUAAUUGUAUAAUAUGUGUUUGGAAAAUUUUCGUGAAUAUUUUUGUAGCUAUUAUUUUAAAUAAUCGGGGGCGAUACCAGUGAAGAUCACCUUGAUAUCUUUGCUGAAGAUUCUCGAACAAUUCAAAUCUCUAUGGUUAAAAAACAUUUGCUUACCUUGAAAAAGGAUCAACUAUUCCAUUUUUAAUCAUUUUGUACGUGUUUAAGGAAAAUGUGAUUGCGUAGAUAUAAGAUUAUUUGUAAAAAUGUUAUUUUGCAAGAUUCCUACUUCAAUUCCCAGUCACGAACACCACAGAUUUCAAUAAAGUUUUUGAUAAUA